GCCUAAAAACUUCAAUCCAGUUAAACAGUCAUUUGGAUACACUUAAACAGCCAUAACCUUCAUACUCCUCUCUAAUGUCCUGGAGCCAAAUUAGUUUUAUAAUUAUAUGCAGUUGAAUAAGCACAAAAACACUACUGACGUUUGAACCCAAAUGUUUACAUUCCCUGCAUGGAUUAGUUUUAUCUUAUAAUAAACGGAUGUAUCGGGAAUACAGCGACACUUGGACAUUGAAGCUCCCUGCAUUCAGGACAUCUAUUUUUUGUAAUGCAAAUUAACUAUAGCAACAAUGGCAUCUACUGCGAAAUACGUUUCCCUGGCUGUCGUGUUCGGCGUAUCUUUUGUGUGUGGAUUUAUAGUGCCAUAUUGUGUUCAUAAUGGUAUUAACAAGAGUUUACGUCUUUCUUUAAAACGUAUCCAAAGGGUUCUUUCGUUGCUGAACUGUUUUUCCGGCGGCGUUUUUCUUGCCACGGCCCUUUUGGCGCUCCUACCGGAAGCGGAAGAGAAGAUGUCGGAAGCGCUUGAGAUGCAAGAACUGCAUACGGACUUUCCAUUUACUUACUUGAUUUUAGGAGGCGGAUUCCUGAUGAUUUUGAUGAUUGAAAGUUGCGCAUAUUCUUGCUAUGAUUGGCAGGCUAGGGGGAAUCGCCGACGAGCUGUUGACAGUAAAGAUGUUGCAGUAAAUAACUCCCUUAAUGUCCCUGCUGCGGGCGAAGUAAAGAACUCCACCAAACCAGAUUCAGAUCGAGAAGAUGCGACGUCGCAGAGCGUGAAAAACGGGGACAAUUCAGUAAAAGAAUCUCAACAUACUCUUGGUAGUAAUUCAAACAACGACGUUGCUGUUGUUGUGACAAACGAGGAACAUACCGAAAGUAAUACACCACAGUCGCACGAUUCUGGAAAUGGAGUAAGUGAUAAUCCUCUAGAUAUGUCAAACAUACGAAGCAUUGUUCUCAUUAUAGCUCUCUCGAUUCACAUGCUGUUCGACGGACUGGAACUGGGGUUGUUAGAAGAAGAAAGUGACGUAUGGACGCUGCUUGGAGCUCUCAGCAUUCACAAGAUACUGAUAUUUUUUAGCAUGGGAAUGACCAUUGGCGAAUCCUUGACCGUUAUAAAAUUCGUUUGCUCCGUUUUGUUCCUGUCAUUAGUCUCGCCCGCAGGAAUAGGGCUCGGUAUUUGGGUGUCUUCGCGAGGGGAAAAUGUCGCUUUAGCGAUGACGUCAGCGGCGUUGCAAGCUUUGGCAGUUGGUACCUUUUUGUACGUGGCCAUAUUUGAAAUCCUGACGAAGGAAUUCCACGACGUCGUUUCGACAGGAAGAAUUAAAAAGACAGUGGCAACAGUUUUUGGGUUUGCUGUAUUCGCUGUUAUUAAGUAUGCGAUGCCUGAAUACCAGGCUGGACAAGUAAUCGGAUCAAGAAUUUCACAUGUUCCUAAGACGUGCAACAGAUUAACCAUGGUUUGGGUUGCUAAAUUGGCUUCAUUGGGGAUCCUGUUCGUGAUGGGCACUUUCAGCGGCCUCUUCCUGCCCUAUAUCGUCAUCCGGGUACUUGUGCGCAGCUAUGAAGCCUCACAUCACAAUUCCGUCUUCCGAAACAUACUGGCGAUGCUCAACUGCUUUUCCGGCGGUGUAUUUCUCGCAACCUCGCUGAUUGGACUUCUUCCGGAAGCCCAAGACAAAAUGGAAGAAGCGCUGAAGAAUGAAAAGUAUCCUUUGUCUGAACUAAUUGUUGGUGCUGGGUUUCUUCUUAUUCUUUUGAUUGAAAGCGUUGCCGUGACACUCCAUGACCGCCGGCACAGCCGUAUUCAAGACAGUUCUUCAAAAACGCCGAAGGUCGUCGGGGAGAUGCAGAAUAUAGUUCCCGAUGAUAUCGGUUCUCACAGGAAGUACGUCUUGAAAGAAGAUAUAGAACUCCAGAAUCGCGAAGGAGGAAAAGAUGGUGAAAAGACUGGUGCCGAAAAUGAUGAAAUCAAGGACGACGAUGAAACUAUGGAUAUUCCUGAAGCUAAAAUGACAAAUCUCCAUAGCAUUGUGUUAUUGGUUGCUUUGUCAAUCCAUAUGGUGUUUGAUGGAUUAGAACUUGGCCUUCUGGAAAGCGAUGCUGAUGUAUGGUCACUACUGUCCGCGCUUACCAUCCAUAAAAUCCUUAUCUUCUUCAGUAUGGGACUUACACUCUAUGAAAGCACAACCAAUCGAAAAUUCAUCUGUGCCAUGGUAUACAUGUCGACUGUGUCGCCCGUUGGCGUCGGAAUUGGAAUGCUCGUGUCGUCUUCCAAUGGGGAUGAGUUUGUCAUGGCAAUAGUUUCGGCAUUUCUCCAAGGAAUAGCAGUUGGAACUUUUCUGUAUGUGGCUAUGUUUGAAAUUUUGAUGAAGGAAUUCCAGGCGAACUCUGUCGGCCAUAGAAUCUUAAAAGCGUUGUCGGUGAUUUUCGGUUAUGCUUUGUUUGGUGGUAUUAAACGCGCUAUGAUGGAAUGAAAUGAGGUUGCUGAUACAACUUUGGAAGUUGAUAACUAUUCCGAUAUAAACACAACACCGUUAGACAUAUAACCAUUCAGUUGACAAUUAAACGGUUUAUAUUCAUUCGGAGCUCCUCGGCCAUUUUUAUUAAGUUGUUUUUGAAAUAAAUGGCCGAUGAGUUCCGAAUGGGUUUAUAUUUUGUCAAUCAACAAUUGGGAAUGGUUUCAUGAUUCAAUGGAUUAUGUUGACCACCUUGGACAAACAACCUCCGACAAAUGACCAUGUGGAGCUUGGCUCAGAUUUGUGUAAUGUUAAUUAGGACGCCAGUGAGGGAGUCGUAGUUCUAGUAAUUAAAUUUACCUGUCGGAAAUGUACGUGAAAAUGCAUAUCUAACAAGUCAGCUGAAAACAUUCCAGGGGACGCGCCCCUUAUCCAAACUGAGAGACGUUUGGCAUACACACUAUUUUAAUCAUAACUACGCCCCUGAUGACAUAUACUUUUUUGUGUGUAUUUGAAGCAUGUUGCUAGCUCACAGCGACUGACAUACAGUUGUACCAUAGUUCAUGUGUUGCUUUGAAGAAGACAAAUGAGUUGUUAUGGACAUACCAGAUAUGUUGUUAUAAAAAAUUUAAUUUCA